AUGGUGGUUCUUAAGAAUAAUAAUCCAAGUGAGUUGAUGAUGAUCAGAGAAAAAGUGAAGGGAUAUGAAGAGUAUAUUGGAGCUUUAGAAGAAGAAAAAAGAAAGAUUCAAGUGUUCGAACGUGAACUUCCUCUUUGUCUUGAUCUUGUUUCUCAAGCGAUUGUUAGAUACAAACAGAAAAUGUCUGGGACGAACACGGAUUGCCUAAAUGGUGAAUUCGAUCAUUAUUUUGAGCAAAUUUCAAGUGAAGCAGCAGGAGGCCCACUUUUGGAACAACUUAUUCCUAUUAAACAAACGAAUGAAUUCCAAGGUGAUGGAAAUGGCAAUGAUGAGGAGGAGCAACAAGAAAUUAACAACAAACAAUAUUCAUGUCAUAAAUCAGAAGGUUCAUGUUCUAAGAAAUCAGAUUGGCUUACCUCUACCCAACUUUCGAUUCAAGCCCAAGAUCAUCAUCAACCCAUUGAAAAGGACUUAUUGUCUAAGAGGGAGCUUUCUUUGGAGAGAAAUGAUAAGGGAUGUGGUGCUUUUCAUCCUUUCCAAAAGAAACAACAACAACCAGCAUCCGUGAGUUCUUCCGCGGACACGGAUGAUGGUGAUCAUGAUAAAUUAGGACAAUAUUCGAAUAAUAAGAAACAAAGGAGGUGUUGGUCGCCGGAAUUGCAUAGACGCUUUCUCCAUGCUCUUCAACAACUUGGUGGUGCCCAUGUUGCUACACCAAAACAAAUUAGGGAAUUAAUGAAGGUUGAUGGACUUACGAGUGACGAAAUAAAAAGCCACUUACAGAAAUAUCGUCUGCAUACGAGAAGGCUGAACCCUGCAACCCACGAUACACUACCAACUCAUCACCGGCUUGUGGUGGUUGGCCAAAUAUGGAUGCCGCCGCUGGAAUAUACCACCAACAACAAUGCAGCUGCCUCAUCUCUGAUAACCGAUGCACCCAACAACACCCAAGGAGUAUACUCUUCAAUAGCUACGACUCUAGCACCUUCUCUAUUUCUGCGGAAAAAAACAAUGGAACCAAGAACUCCAUCGUCAUAA